GGUAACACUAAACAGCAAGGCUCGCUAGCCAAGUGGAAAAUCCAAGAUGGAUGCCGUCGAGGAAAGCAAUAGUUUGAGCGAGCUUUGUCGACCUGAAAUGUCUUAAAAUAAUCACCAAACUCGCUUCAGAAACGUUGUUGGCAAGGAAAAAGUGCGUUGAAGAUACAGUUGGGCCAUGGCAGUGUAUUUUGACCACCGUGUUGAGACCCCUGAGAAUAGUGAGGAGCCCUCUCUGUUGAUGUGGCACUCGGCUCUCUCCAUACUGGCUGUGGCCUCACGUCAUUCCCCCAUUGGAGGAAAUGUUGACAUUUACCUCCAGCAGGGAGAGCACGUGGAGAACUGCCAUAUUGAACGUCCUCACCAGCCCACAACGCUUUGCUGGCAUCCCAUAAAGCCAGUGUUGGCACUGGGCUGGGAGAAUGGCGAGGUUGUGCUACUUGUGCACCCCUCUGGGGAUCAAACUGUCCUGCCAAGCACACACACGGCACACAUCACGUUGCUGGAGUGGAGUAGCUCCGGCAGCCGCUUGGUAACUGGGGAUCAGACUGGAACUUUAGCUGUUUGGAAGGUAGAUGCCAGAGGGAGACUUCAAGGGAACCAUCAAGUGAAGCAUGCUUACAGCUCCUCGCUCACUUGUUGCAUCUUCAAGCCUGCCUCGCCUGGAGAUGAUGUGAAAAUGCUGGCUCGUGCAUCAGUAAGUGGCGAUGAGAACGCUUUGGACAUGUUCAGCUGGAAGGGUGCGCCUCUCAAGAUGGGACCACAGGAGGGUCUCACAUUUUACGUCAGCACCGCAGAUGGUAAGGUGUACGGUGUGGAUGAACACGGUAAAACAAGCACUCUCCUCAGUAUGGACAGUGCUAUCAAGAAGAUGUUUUUCCUUGCGACGAGGGAGGUACUUACCGUCAUCACUGACACCAUGAUGCUGUCACAGUACACUCUGGGCCCCGAGGGAGUGGCACAGGAAUUACAAAAGUUUAAGCUGAGCAGCAAGAGUGGACAGAACAUCGAUACUGUGUGUGCCCAGAAUGGUCUUAUCAUUACUGCAACAGGGGAGCAAGUCAUCAGGCUGUGGGAUCUGGAGCGAAACGAAAAUUAUGCUUUGUCACUUGACGAGAGUCUGGGCUUUGAGCGGGGCGAAAUGAUCAACUGUGUUUCCUACUGUACGGGAAAAGAAAUCCUGGCCGCCGGCACCAGCCAUGGACGCAUAGCAAUGUGGAAAAUGGUUUUGCAUCCCGACCGCGAUAGAGGUGACACCAAAGCCCAGUGGAAGCUACAAACACCCACUGAAAUAGAAGGGAACGUCUCUCAGUUGCAGUGGGGUUCCAAUCUCAAUCUGCUGGCAGCCAACAAUACCAACACAGUAGUGAUCCUGCAUGAGCACGUGAUGUCAGCACACUGUAGCCAGCAGGUGGCAGCGGUGCAGCUGACACCGACCCAGCUCAGCAUCACUCAGUUCCACACAGGACUGCACCUGGCUCUGCAGUCUGAAAUGCACAUCAAGGGAGUGUGUGUGACUAAGGAUUCAGCGACAGUCUGGAGUGGAAAACAGGUUACGGUCUUUGAGAUGUCAGGGCCAGCUCUACACAAUAAAGGAUCAUUCCCUUGUGACUCCCAUGUGGUAACUGUACAUGGUGAGAACCUAUACACUGUGGAACCAAACCGGGUCCAGAUCCGCACGCCGCAGGGUACGGUAAAACAACUAUUGACUUUCUCCAAGGCAGAGGGCAACCCAGUGCUUCUCAGUGUGUGCCAAUCUUACCUGGUAGUCGGCACAGAUACAUCACACAUCCGAGUUUUUGACCUCACCCGAAGGGAUGCUAAAGCUCACUGCAAUGCUAAGAACCUGGCCGACCAGAUUCCCAGUCUGGGAGCUCUGAGGUCGGUCAAAUGCAAUUCCAAUGGCAGCCAAGUCAGCAUCUUAGUUACACAGGUGAAUGGGCGACCCGACCAGAAAGUCUACUUCUACGACAUUGAAAUGGACACUUUAACACACUUUGACUUUUUCACUGGCAGACCAUCAAGUGGUAUCUCCCACUCUGAUGACAGCGAAAGGCAGCAAUUUCAGGAGAAUGAAGUCAGUGGUCGAUGCCCUGUUUCUCACUUCUGGGAUGAGAGUGAACCUCGUCUUUUUGUGUGUGAGACCGUGCCAGUGAGCUCUGAAACGUCGUCGUCUGGCUACUGGGACACGGUGGAUGUGUCAGUGGUCACUCUCUUCUGCACUCAGGAACACGGCCUUCUCUUGCAGGACAGCUUCGCCAAACCAGCGGGCCUUCAGGCCCUCCUUGCUCUCGAUGUGCCUUACUAUUAUUUCAGCUGCAAGUUGUUAUUUCGCAGGGGUGGUGUCUUUCAACUAGACGAGGUUUCCGCCACAUCAGCACCGGCAAACCAUAGCCAGUCAUCACGAGGCUCCGUUGCUCUCUUCCCCCAAAUGGUGUCCAGGCGUGCGCUCAGGGACUUUGAAGGCCUGGAGAACUGUGACAAGUCCACACGCGAUGCUAUGCUUAACUUCAGUUUCUACCUCACUGUGGGCCACAUGGACGAAGCCUUCAAGUCCAUCAAACUCAUCAAGAGCAAAGCAGUGUGGGAAAACAUGGCACGCAUGUGUGUGAAAACACGUCGUCUGGAUGUGGCACAAGUGUGUCUCGGCAAUAUGGGAAAUGCCAGAGCAGCAAAAGCGCUGAAGGAGGCAAAGGCGGAGCCAGAACCAGAGGCCCACAUAGCAGCGUUAGCCAUUCAGCUUGGCAUGCUGGAGGAUGCUGAAAAGUUGUACAAGGGCUGUCAACGCUAUGACCUCCUAAACAAUCUCUAUCAGGCAUCUGGACAGUAUGAGAAGGCGUUAGAAAUCGCAGAGACACAUGAUCGCAUCCACCUGCGCGCUACUUACUACAAUCAUGCACGCUAUCAGGAGUCCCUGGGUGACAAAAGCACAGCCCUGGCUAAUUAUGAAAAAUCCGACACUCAUCGAGUUGAGGUGCCCAGAAUGCUUCAGGAUGAUCCAUUGUCUUUGGAGAUUUAUGUUAACAGGAUGAAAGACAAGAAGCUGUACAAGUGGUGGGCCCAGUAUUUGGAGAGCCAGUCAGAGAUGGAUUCAGCUCUUGACCUCUACAAAUCUGCUCAGGAUUACUUCUCUAUGGUCCGAGUUCACUGCUACAUGGGGAACGUUCAGAAGGCAUCAGAUAUAGCCAUCGAUACAGGUGACAGGGCAGCGUCGUACCACCUGGCGAGGCACUACGAGGGUCAUGAUGACAUCAAACAAGCCGUCCACUUCUACACUCGAGCUCAGGCCUACAACAAUGCCAUACGACUUUGUAAGGAGAAUGGCUUGGACGACCAGUUGAUGAACUUGGCUCUGCUCAGUAACCCAGAGGACAUGAUGGAAGCUGCCUGUUAUUACGAGGAGAAAGGCAUCCACUUGGACAGAGCAGUUUCACUCUAUCACAAAGCAGGUUAUGUCUCCAAAGCUCUGGAAGUGGCCUUUGCUACCCAGCAGUUCGCUGCUCUCCAGAUGGUUGCCGAGGAUCUGAACGAGAACUCCGAUCCUGCCCUUCUGGCACGUUGCUCUGAAUUCUUUAUCCAGCAUUCCCAGUAUAAAAGAGCUGUGGAGCUUCUCAUUGCAGCCAAGAAGUACCCUCAAGCUCUAGAGGUGUGUGUAAAUGAGAACCUGACCAUCACAGAGGAGCUGGCAGAGAAAAUGACUGUGACUGAUUCCAAAGAGUUGUCCGAAGAGGCCCACAAGGAGUUGCUGGAGAGGAUAGCGGAGUGCUUUGUGCGUCAGGGGAACUACCACUUGGCCUCCAAGAAAUUCACUCAGGCCGGAAACAAACUCAAGGCAAUGAGGACGCUCCUCAAGUCAGGCGACACAAAGAGAAUCAUACGUUUUGCCAACUUUUGUCGUCAGAAGGAACUUUAUGUCAUGGCCGCCAACUACCUCCAGUCAGUAGACUGGGAAAAUCCAGAGAUCUUGAAGACCAUAAUUUCUUUCUACACAAAAGGCGACGCACCACACUUGCUCGCUGGUUUCUAUGAAACUUGUGCACAGGUGGAAAUUGAUGAUUAUCGGAGCUAUGAGAAGGCUUUGGAUACUUUAAGUGAAGCGGUCAAAUGCCUUUCUAAAGCAAGGAAUGCAGACGGACAACAGGAGGCCAAAAUGGCCGAGCUGCAGCGUAAAAUCACCCUCAUUAAGCAGUUUGUUCAUGCACGCAGGUUAAUGCCAGACGAUGCUGACGAGGCCUUGAGAAUAUGUGGGGUCUUAUUGGAGGAGCCCAAGUUGGACACUGCUGUCAGAGUCGGGGAUGUCUUUAGCUUCUUGAUCGACCAUCAUUGUCAGCACGGGAAUUUCAAAGCGGCAUACAGCAAGCUGGAGGACCUUCAGAAACUGAUGUCGUCACAGAAUAUCACAUAUUAUGUUAAACAGGCUAAUUUGGACGUCUUGCACAAACAGAUGGGUUUCACUAUGGAUUCUGGGGACCACAAAUAUCAUGAUAAGGAGGAGGAUGAGGUGGAAGAGGAUCUGAGCAUGCCCUAAAAACUCACAUGUUUAAUCUAUAAAAUCCUAAAGAUUUGUUUAAAGAAUGGUUUAAACGUUGCCAGGACUUUGGUCACAAGAGGGCGCUGUUGUCUUAUGUUAAGCCACAAGACAGGCUGCAGAUUACUGCUGUGGUGCUGUCUGGACUGUACUUGUAUAUUUUGUGAUACUGUAGAAAAUAUUUUUCUUUGUUCUACAUCACCAAUGUAGAAAUAUAUUUUGUGUUUCUGAUUUGCAAAUAAAAUGCCCUUUUUGUGUUUGUUGAGAAA